AUCACAUGCUCAGAAAUGUCUGCGACGAACCUGCCGAUCGGUCCAAUCUUCUAUUGCGCGGACUAAUGUUACUUAAAGCUAUAUCUUCUCUUACCGUUAUAGCGUUUUCAAUAGAUCAAUGUACUUUGGCGGUUAAUCUAAUACAAUUAUUCAGGAAACGAUAUAGAUUGUUAAACUUUGGCUACAAAGCCCUAUAUAAAAGUGUACAGUAUCACGAUGAAGAUAUUUUCAUGGACUUUGUUUAUUUUGUGCUUUGUAUUGAAGUCAUGCACAUGUUCCGGAUACUUCGAGAUUAAUGUUGUUGGAAUAGAAAACAUUCGCGGCGAAGUUUCUGAUGGCACAUGUUGUGCGUCACGUGACCAUUCUAGAAUUGACGGAACAUGUGUUAACGCAUGUAAAACUUUCUUUAAGGUGUGUUUGAAGGAAUAUCAGUCACCCGUGCGAUUUACCGGCAGUUGUACGUUUGGUCAUUACAUUACAGAAAUACUUGGUAACAGUACAUUCCGCUUUGAUGGCACCAGUGAGAAUUAUGGUUCAUCUAUCAAAUUACCAUUCCAAUUUUCAUGGACGAUGGCGUACACACUUAUAGUCACUGCCUGGGACAAAGGUGAUAUUUUUCAAGGUGACCGUCUGAUAGACGUUUCUUCACAUUCCGGUGUCAUCCUUCCUGGCGACGCUUGGCACACCUUGACUAACAACGGGCACACCGCUACACUGAUAUACAAGAUUCGAGUUGUCUGCGAUACGAACUACUUCAACACCACGUGCUCCAAGUACUGUAGACCACGUGACGACAAGCUUGGGCACUACACGUGCAACGGAAACGGAGACAAGGUCUGCAUGGAUGGAUGGCUCGGAACGGAGUGUGACAUAGCUAUUUGCAAACCCGGAUGUCAUGCUAUCCACGGGACCUGCGAUACGCCUGGCGAGUGCAAGUGCGGGUACGGUUGGCGGGGCCCUCUAUGUGACGAGUGUUCUCCCUACCCCGGAUGUCAGCACGGCACGUGCCGGAACUCACCCUGGACCUGCGACUGUGACCUCAACUGGGGCGGCAUUCUCUGUGACAAAGACUUAAACAAGUGUCGCUACCAUCCGUGCAAGAACAACGGGCUGUGUAUGAACAGUGAGCCAGACAACUACACCUGUCACUGCAGCCUAGGAUAUGCCGGAAGGAACUGCCAGAUUGUCGUUGACCCAUGUACAGACGACCGCUGUUUGAACGGGGGUACGUGUCAGCACGUUCCUUCCGGUUUCGUGUGCACGUGUCCUUCCGGGUGGACUGGGGAGAGAUGCGAGGAGGACGUGGACGAAUGCCUCUCCCGCCCGUGCCAGCACGGAGCCACGUGCUUGGAUCGCGUGAACGGCUUCGAGUGCACGUGUUCCGCGGGCUGGCAGGGACCGCAGUGUCAGCUGGAUGCAGACGAGUGCGCGGGUAGGCCGUGUGUGCACGCGCUCACGUGCAGGGACCUCGUGGGAGACUACACGUGCGAGUGUCAGAUAGGCUGGACGGGGAAGAAUUGUGACAUAAAUUUAAAUGACUGUCACCAGCAAUGCAUAAAUGGCGGGACAUGUUUUGAUAGGGUGGGUAGCUUCUUCUGUCGAUGUCCGCCGGGUUUCCAGGGUGAACUAUGUGAGCAUGAGAUCAACGAGUGCACGAGUACCCCGUGUCGUCAUGGAGCCACGUGUAUAGAUCACGUGGCUGGGUACACGUGUCAGUGUCCCGCAGGUUUCACUGGAUUCGACUGCGAAACGGACGCUGACCCGUGUCGUCCGAAUCCAUGCGCGAAUGGAGCCACGUGCUACACCACAGAUGGGGACUACUUUUGCUACUGUGACGAGUCACACACGGGCAAAAACUGUGAGAUGAGCAGGAACGUAAUUGUUCAGAGUGUGGACAGCUGCACGCUCCUCUUACCCAGCCCUGACGGUCAGGGCGCGGCCAUGCUAGUAUCCUCAGGCAUAUGCGGCACCCACGGACUGUGCAUCUCAAGGCCCGGGGGUCGUUUCGAGUGCAGGUGCACCCAUGGAUUUACGGGGGAAUUCUGUCACGAAAACGUUAAUGACUGUGGGAGCGACCCGUGCCAUAACGGUGGCACAUGCGUGGAUCUCGUGGACGCUUACCAGUGCAUCUGUACAGAAGACUGGGAGGGCACACUCUGCCACAUAAACAAAGAUGGAUGCGCGCCCAAUCCGUGCAGAAAUGGCGGAAAAUGCGAGGACCUCGUGUCCGGCUACGUGUGUCAGUGCACGGGAGAAUGGAAGGGAAGAACGUGCGUACUCAAGGAAGGUCAUUGCGACAUUUCAACGUGCAUGAACGGAGGCACGUGUAUUGACUUGGGAGACACUUUCACGUGCAAGUGUUCAAGCGGUUGGGCGGGAAACACUUGUCAACUGCCAACACGGAGGGCGUGUGACUCAAGCCCGUGCAUGAACAAUAGCACGUGCGUGAACAGCGGCGAUAGUUUCACGUGCAUCUGCCAUCUUGGAUUCGAAGGGCGCUCAUGUGAAACAAAUAUCAACGAAUGCAACCCGUUUCCAUGUUACAACGGCGGGAGUUGUGUUGACGGCAUUAAUCGGUACACGUGCGUUUGUCCUACCGGCUUCUCCGGCCCCGACUGUCGAGUCAACAUAAACGAAUGUGUAUCGAACCCAUGCACGUUCGGGAGUACCUGCAUUGACGGUAUCGGCCAGUUCCAGUGCAUUUGCCCACCCGGACGGACGGACGAACGCUGCCAGACGGUCAUCGGUCAAGCGCCGCCCGCACACCCAUGCGUCCUCAACAGGCGGACGUUCGCCGCCGGAAGUAGCUGGCAGCACGAGUGCCAGGAGUGCAGCUGUGACGACGGAAAGGUCACGUGCACAGAGAACAUGUGUAUCCCGGAAAAUUGCGCCAAAAUUCCGAACGUGACCAGCCGAUAUGUUCCCUGCGCUCCCGGCGAAGUCUGUGUACUGCCGGCGGAAGUAACGUGCUUCACUCUGCCAUGUCUCCCAUGGGGACGCUGUGAGAAGGCAGAUCUAAUUGUCAUGGAUACAUCCCAAAAUGACAAGUUAUGUUACGAAGGAAGCAUGCACAUACACAGCGCAUGCGCAAAGAUUGUGUUGACAUUUGACAAAUCAAAGAUGCCACUAGGAGUCACGGUUGAAGAAGUGUGCUUCAAGAUCAGGCAAUACGUCAGAAACGAUCCGCAGAGUAACUCGUCCGAUUACCUCAUUUCCUGUCGACUACACGGCGUCUUCAGUAACGCUAUUGAGAUCGCAACGUCAUUAGGGACACCAUCGGACGAGUUUUCAAGCCACAAUUUGUUCCGGGCUGUGAAGUCGGUUGCUCACGUCAUCAGCAAAAAUUAUAUGACCGACCCCGCAUUAGUUGCCGUCGUAGAGAUUAGAGUUGACACGUUUGAGGGCGAUCGGCUAUUCAUAGAAAGAGAGCCCGCGUUCCUUGUACCGCUGGUCUGCUCCCUUAUUCUAAUGCUUGGUGGGAUAACAGUGGCACUUCUUGUCAUUUAUCACCGGAAACACAAACUUGACGUCACAACAUGGCGGAGUUCAUCUGGCGCGUCCGUUGAAAGGACAAAUAAUGAAAAUAUUGAAAAUUUUCAAAAUCUCCGUCGCUUUAAAAAUCCGCUUUACGAAAAGGAUAAGAUGGUUGGCAGCAGAAAUUACCGGCAACAAAAUGGAUAUCAGCAAAAUGGCCGCUACGAAGAAAUCGAUGCAGAGGCACGUGCUAGAAGUCCAACGCUAUUGUUACGACAAGAAGAAUUUUCGCAUGGUGACAAUGAAUGGACAGAAUCCGUGCAGUCAAAGACAAGGAUCAAGGAUAUAAAUCUUGAAAUCAAUAAAUCUCGAAUGCAAACUCGGUGUAACGGAUUCGACCGCAAUCUGGGUAACCAUAGUGACAUUGACGAUAUUGAAGCGAAUCUGUAAAGGUUUUGUGCAACCAGUUUUGGAUUUAUUCCAUUUUUUUUCUGAUAACUGGUGAGACAAUGGCAUAUCCUUUUACGAAAAGGCAGCAUUAAAUGUGCUCAAAGAGCAAAACAAAGUCGAAUUUAAGACGGUAAAUGUUGACUGUUGUUCUAUAGUGUGAGAACCAAACAUGUAUGUACAUUUGUGUGUUGUAAUGGUUAUGUAAUGGCACUUCUAUUUCUGUAUUUACUAUGUUUCCUGAUAACGUUCCAUGUUUAUGCUAUGUCUGAACCCAGUUUUAAUGUUUUGUAUGAUACAAAUAUUUGCUAAACUGUUUAUCAUUAUGCAUUGAUCUUUUGCAUCUUUUACCAUAAGGUCACGCGUCAGUAGUAUUUAUUAUUUUCACACUGUGUGGUAUUUUUUAUAUAAUAAUAAUUAUUAUCUUUUAUGCCAUUUCUUAUCAUUACAUUUGAACGUGUACGUCUGAUGUUGUUUUUAAUGAAUAAAUUGCUACAGAUGAUUUGCCGUUAAUAUGUUCGCUGUACCACUUACAACCUGUGUUUGCUUUACAAAAGGUAAGAACUAAUCAGUUAGACAA